AUGGCCUGGCAGAUCAAACACCUCAGCCAGGGCAUCCGAGCCAUCACAGGAGGCUCCUCCGGCACACUGGUCAUCCUGAUCCCCGGCUGGCCACAGACUGCCGAAGCAUACAGCAGCAUAUUCCCCCACCUCGCAAAAUCGCAUCGCUUCGUGGCCCUCGACCCGCCGGGCCUAGGCGACUCCGCCGCACCCGCAGCGAACAAAUACGAUACCGCGAGCGUUAGCACGAUUCUCGCCGAAGCAUUGCAUAGCAGCGAUCUCGUAUCGCAUACCGAAAGCGACAUUGAGGGAUAUCGAUAUCAUCUCGUCGGCCAUGACAUCGGCGGAUGGAUCGUGUAUCCCUGGGCCGCGCAGUAUGCCGCGAGGGUGCGCAGUCUCACGAUCCUCGACGCCGCUGUGCCGGGCCUCUUGCCCCCUGCGCCAUACCCCUUGCCCUACGACGCCAACGUCAAGCUCUGGCAGUUCUCGUUCAACGCGCUGCCUGAGCUGCCCGAAGCGCUGACCCAGGGCCGCGCGCGGGAGUUGCUGUCGUGGUUAUUCAAGUACAAGACCGCGCAUCCGGAGAAAUUCCCAAGGGAGAAUCUAGAGCAUUACAUCCGCAGCUACGCGCGUCCAGGGGCGAUGAGUCGCGGAUUCGAGUACUAUCGCGCGGUCAGCACGAGUGCGAAGCAGAAUGUUGAGUUUGCUAAGACGCCGCUGCCGAUUCUUGUGCUAGCAGUGGGAGGGGCGGGAGGUGUGGGAGAGAGGAUCACACAGAUGGUGCAGGGGAUUGCGGAGAAUGUGCAGGGUGGUGCGAUUGAGGAUUGCGGCCACUUUGUCAUGGAGGAGCAGCCAGGGAUUGUUGCGGAGAGGGUGUUGGGGUUUUUUGCGCAGACAUAA